AUGGAUUCCUCUACAGUAUCAUUUGAGUUGGAGAGUUCAGGAUCUGAUACACCGCCGAGUGAACUACCUCCGGUCACGUCGAAUGGUACUAAAGAAGGAGAAAAAACACAUUCGCCUAUGGCGAAAUCGCAGCAUCACAGUUACCCGUCCACACCAAUCAUAGUACCGAAAACGCUUCAAGCGCAUGCAGCUGUACGUUCUACAGAUAUUGAAAGCCAUGAUUCUCAUGAAUUUCCGAGUUUGCUCUCGACACAGAAGAAGACAUCAGGCUUUUCAUUGGAACGCUCACUUCGUUCAGUCGCUCAGUACUUAACUUCUAAACCUGAACCAAACUUUCAAGAGAGGCAUAUUCUUCUUGAGGAUUCACCAACCCAUCCAGCCCAAUUUGUAAUACGUCAGGUGAUGAGGAAAUCCAAUUGUGGUAACAACUCCAUUAAUCAUCUUGGUGGGAUUGUUGAGAUUUUUUCUCUUAAACGGUUAUUAGAUGUUUGCGCCUUUUCAGUACCUGAGAAAGAUACCUUUGUAUUUAAAAUGCUACCCCAGUCUUAUCACCACUGUGGAGCAGAAGAAUCUGCUGCUCAUACAAGUUACGCUCCGGCUGGAACCUACUCUUCUUCAUCCGUAAGCUCUCAUGGUGAUGUUGGCUUGCAGCUUCUCUUUAGGGGAACAACUGCUGUUUUCUCAGCGGCAAAAGAGUAUUUUCGAAAAAUUGAAAUAAGAUUUGUAUCGUCUACCGAACGGAAUGAGUGGUUACAGUGGUUUGAAAAGAUUUUCGCCGCCUUUCUGUUAGACUCUAUUCGUACAGGUUGUGAUUCAAAAUAUUCUAUCAAUGAUAUGAAGAAACUUGUAGAAGAUAGUAAUAGAGUUCUGCAAGAAAAACCACCACCCGCUGUAAUUGAAAGGUAUAUUGAUUUUUUUCUUAGUUCUGCAGGUCGCGAAGUUAUCGACAAAUCGAAAGAAAUGCAAGUUACAGAUCCGAGUGAUGUUCCUAAUGGUGGUAUUCUUCGUAUCGAAUUAGGGGAUGAUCAGUACGAAACUCGACGGUUUGCUUACAAAAAACGUGCAAAACGGUCUGAGUGUGGAGAUCAGGGGGGAGAAGAAGAAUAUAUCGUUAUGUAUCCAACUACUGUAUCUCAGCAUGUGAGGAUGGUUCCCAAGCAUAAAGUACCUAUAUCGCAGUUACGUGUCAUUGUAGAAGAAGAACACUGGGGAAAUACUUUUUUUCUUGAGCAAAGUGCGGGUGCCACAGAUUCUGAGAGAAAGUCUCUCUUUGGAGUUUACCCAGGGCAGCUCACUAGGCACCAGUCUUCAUACGCUACGAUACAGCCAUCUUCUAGCAAGGAUUUUGCUAUAACUGAGACGAUUAGGCUUCAAACGAAUAGUUUCCCAAAUCGUAUUAAAUGGCUUAAAUGGUUUGAGGCGGUUUUGCGUAAACCUGUUGUCUAUCUUUCCCGUGUUCGCGAAGAGAAAGAAGGACAACAAGAACCCUCCAGUAGCCCAAUACUAAGAGCCUCAUCACUCUUCCCAGAAUAG